AUGUUCAUCUCAAAACCCAGGAAGGUCACCCUCACACUCGUUUGCCUUGCAAUUGCCCUCGCGUUCGCCACCGUCUCGGAGGCCAGCGACUUGACGCUUCAGCGUCGCGAUCAUGUCGACCUGCGGCGGAUGAUCAAGAAACGCGCGUCCUCAGAUCCAGUGCUGGGUCUGUUCACCGAUGGUAAUGGUUCUGGUGGCAGCUCGACGGCAUCUGAUAGCAACACUGCUGCCGCCACGACCGCGAGCAGCGCGGCUGCUGAUACCUCGUCGGCGGCUGCCACCACGUCCGCCUCUGCACAGACUUCUUCUGAUGCCGCGACCACCAGCUCCUCAUCGGCUGCUGCUACGACACAGUCUUCAUCCUCCGCUGCUGCUGCCACGACAUCGGCAACCACCCCGAGCACGUCCGCUGCAGCUACACCGUCGACGUCGGCUCCUUCUGCGACUACUUCUGCACAAUCGCAAGCGGCUUCUACGUCUGGUGCAAACACUGCUACCACCGCGCGGACCACAAAUGCCAACAAUGCUGCGACCUCUCCAGCUGCAAGCGCUACCCAGGAUACCCAAGGCUCCACGGAUUCAGCUGACGACCAGCUCACUGGCACAGCUACCACCAGCACCAUCUUCACAACUCCUUCGAGCAGCGCGUCGUCCGAUGCGACCUCCAGCGGCACGUCAAAGACCACCCGUAACACCAUCAUUAUAAUCAUCGUCAUCGCUUCGGUAGUCGGAUCCGUUUCCAUCGGCUGGACGCUGUUCCGCAAGUGGAAGCUCCGGCCCUCAUCCAGCUUCGACGAGCGCAUGCAGCCCAUCGACUGGCAGCCCACCAGCGACGAUAGCGUUAACAAGCGCGCCUCGCACGGCUCGUUCCACUCUGGGACCGGCCAUGGCGACUUGGGCGGCUACGGUUUGUCCGACAGCGGGCACGGCACGAGCAACCUCCAGCCCGUCCCCGAUCACGACUUCACUGCCGGCGCGUCGCUCGCACCCGUUGGUGGCUAUGCCGACCUGCAGCGCUGCCCGAGCCCUCAGCCACAGAUGGGCGAACUCGCGCGUGGGCUCAGCAUGUCGCGCCCGUCGGAUCUCUCACGCAACCCGAGCAUGAUGCACCAGAACUACGACGGGUACGCCAUGCCCCCGCCGCCCGUGCACUAUCAUGGCGGCGGGUACGACGCGUCCGCGUACGGCUACCAGAACCACAUUGGUGCGCCUGGCUAUUAG